UCCAUCGACGUGACAUGAACAGGCAGCAGCAUCCGAAUCCGCAUUCGCAGCCGCAGCCCUUGUUGCUACCGUUGAACUGAACUCGCAAAACGUGCGCGCGUAUGCGUGUGUGUACGGACUAAAAGUGAGAUAAACACAUGAAAAAACAUCGUGUAACAACAACCACAGCAGUUAUAAAACGACGUGCAACCUUUGACCCAACGAACAUCCGCCAAAAAAACAAAAACAAAAACAAAAACUCGCAUGCCAAGUGGCAGCAGCUGCGUUGUCACGUUUUGUUUUGUUAUUUAACCAUUAAAAAAAGGAUAUUAUGUUGCUGCCAACAUGAGCAGCGUCGACACCACCAACAACUGUAAACAGCACAAAGCAACAAAUUUCAACAACGACAACAACAACAACAAAAAGCAAAGCGAACGCGCAGCAUAAAAACAUAAACGUAAAAAAAACGAGAAGAAGAGAGGAGAGAGAGAUAGAGAGAAAGAAACAAAAACAACAGCCAAAUUCAUAAUGAUGAUGGAUUAACUGUUUUGUUGCAAACUGUGGCAAGUGCGGCAAGUGUGGAUUGAAAGGAGACCAACAGCGGAAACUAAAGUCACAACAGCAAAGGCAACAUCAUCGGCAACGACAGCAGCUGUGGUGCAAGUGGCAACUGGCAACUGAAAACUGGCAUCUGACAGUGGCAAAGCAGCAAAUGGCAAGAGCUCUGAGAGCAGAAGUCUCUUUUUAGACAACGACGAAUCAAAAACUCUUAUUAUGCCUUGUUUUAUUCAACAAAAACAACAACAACAACAACCACCACAAGAACAACUACAACGUGAAAUCCACCAUUAAUUAUUGCAAUAAUAAAAUCCAUUUUACCUGGAAUUUCUUCUCCACAUUUCUAUAUCGUUAAAUCUGUCAAGCUGGCGUCGUUAAAGAGAAAUAACAAUAAUAUAAGCAAUUACAAUAAUAAUAUAAUGUGGAGUAGUACAAUAUCGCCAACCAACUCUAAGAAACUAUUAAUCGGUAGCACACGAAGCGUUGAUUAUGUCGGUGAUAGUGCGAAAACAACAACAACAACAACAAUACCAACAGCAGCCAAUAUUAAAACAACGGGAACUGGAGCAGGAGCAGGCACAGGAGCAGCAACCAAAGGAGCAACGGCCAAAGGACAACAAAAAGGAGCAGCAAACACAACCACAGCGAAUAGCACAACAAAAAUCUCAAUUGAAAUGGAGCUACAUAUACAAAACAAGUGCAUCUCGGCAUAGCGUAUCACUCUGGAGGGUGGUGCAGAGCCGCCAUGGCUGCAGGGCCCCCUUAAAGCUGCAUUUUUGGGGGCUACUGGCGUCGGCAAAACAAGCAUAUUACAGCAAUUUUUUUACCAUGACUUCCCAAAGACUCAUCAGACGACAACGCAUCGGAAAAUCUAUAAAAACUGUUUGGUCUGCGAUACAUGCAUACGGGAGCUGAUGGUACUGGACGUUCCACCCCAGAAGCGAUUUCCGGCUGAUAACUUUGCUGAAUGGAAUAAUGGACAUCCGCUGGGGUUGCGAACGGUGCACGCCUAUGUUCUAGUCUACGACAUGGGCAAUUUGGAAACGUUUCAGUACUGCCGCUCCAUAAGAGAUCAAAUAUUGGACAGUUUCAGUCAUCGUGAUUUUAGCAUAAUUGUGGUUGGCAAUAAAUUUGACAAUGUGACUGAGGCGCAGGCCAACUCGCAGGAACUCAAGGACAUUUCCACGCUUGUGCGUAAACAUUGGCGUUGUGGAUAUGUGGAGUGCUCGGCGCAAUACAACUAUAAAAUCGGAGACGUUUUUCGUGAGCUAAUGGGAUGCAGUAGCGGAGGCGUCACUGGGACGACGGGUGGAGGAGGUCUCGUUGGCACUGAGUUCUCACAAUCAACUAGGAAUAAAGGACGCUGUACAAUACUCUAGCAAAUGCUGCAUAAGUUUUUAAAGCAAACAUUUUGAUCUCUCGCGCGCAGACAGCAGAAGCAGAAGAAGAAGAAGAAGACGAUGGGGAGCAUCGCUGGCAAACAUUUUCAGUUGUUCAGUUGUUCAGCUGUUGAACUGGGACAAUGGGGCGUAUGCGUAUUCUCCAUAGAAAAUAACAACGGCAACAAUGUUGUAUCCCCUGCGAACGCUUGCUGAUGCAUAUUUUAGCAUAUACUUGUACUUAUAAGUAUACAUGCAUACACACAUACACACAACACACACGUACAUACAUACUAUUACAUAUUAUAUUUAGUAGUCGACACACUUUGCUGGUUGGCUCUCAGACCUUUUAUCUACUACCGCUCGCUGCUUCUUAUUCUCACUCGCAUUCGCAUUCUCAUUCUCUAUUCGCCUUCGUCUCCAUCUUUGUCUCCCUUGUUGGUCAUUUUCGUUUGCUGCUUUUGUUUGGCAUUAUUAGAACAUUUAGCUCGUCGCUUUCUUUGAGCCAUUGCACAGCAGACGACACACACAGCUGCAACAUUUUUUGGCUAGCAGCUAACUUUUUAUGUAUUCGCAUUCGCAUUUGCAAUUCAAUGCCUCAAAAAGCUGCUCAACGCUGCAGCUAUGAAUAUGCAAAGACAACAGCAAGUUAAAUGAAGAAAAUGCAUAAGACAUUUUCAACAAUGCUGCCAAUGGAACAUUUUUAAUUUUUUUUCUAUUUACAUUUGUCGUUUUUCGAGUUCGUUUUCGUUUUUUAUUUGUAAGUAAUAGGCAAUUAAUCCCACCAUAAUUUACAAUACAUUUUAUGAAUGAACAAAUAAACUUGUUAUUAACAAACAUAGAGAAACAAAAACCAAAUUCCAUUAGUAUUUACGGUAUAACGGUACUUAUACGGUAGCUAUCUUUAAGAGAUAAUCUAGAUAUAUAUACAUACAUAUAUAAAAGAUUCAUUAACGUUGUGAUCAUUUCAAGAAUUAGUUGUUAAGCAGGUGUGACGCAAUCGGAUCGCCAGUUGAGGUCAAGUAAAAUUAUAUAGCCCUUUAAUGGUUACGAAGUAUAUGAUACCUAUUUUUAAGCUUAGCCAGAAAGAAGAUAGAAGGGCUCGACAAAUAAACGACAACUAAUGAGUAAUGCAAUGAUGCUGUGGAAAUUGUUUAAACGCAGCAAUCCAUUCAAGAAAAACUGCCCAAAAGCCUGAAUUAUCAACUAAAUAAUACUUUGGAAGAACGUUGAAACUUUAAUUUCUUUUUAAUCGUAGGCCACAAUAGAAAAUUCUUAGAUAACAAACUGGAAUUGUUGCUUUUAAACAAUUUCUAUGCCAUACAAAUCGGGAUAACGAAUAUAUUGCAUUAAAUAAAGCCUUAAAACAAUGCAACCCCAGAUGUUAUUCAUAAUAAUUAAAAUGAAAAUGGAUUAACAUUAUAGUUAAGAGAAUUAUUUGAGUAAGCGCACAAAAAUAAAAACAAUUGUGUUAUUAUUUUUAGUGUUCUUUGAAAAUAUUGAACAAACAAAUACAACAAAAAUACUUUUUAUCCAAAUUCGGAUUUGCAUAAUUUGUAGAGUUGAAGAAAAACACCUAGACUAGAGACUAGAUCAUUAGAUAUGUGACAUACAGACAGAUAUGUUUCCAUAGUAAAAUGCUGACGUACACACUUUAAAUAGAACUUAACAAUACUUUUACACUAUUUUCACAACAAAAACAACAACAACAACAAAUCUACGUAACUCUAUACCGAACUCUUUCUUUACCUCAAACAACACUCGAAAGAUAAGCAAUCAAGUCUGACUUUGUACAUAGAGAUUUCAAGAACUUUACUAAACUGCAAAGCUCUAAAAAUAAACACGUAUGUAUAAUCAACAAGAACAACAGCAACAACAACAGCAAUAUGUGUAUAUUUAUGAACAAGAAAAUCAUCAUAAACAUUCCUAGACAUACAUAUGCUAUAGACAACUGGGCUGACUGCCAAUAUUCAAGUUGAGUGCUCAGAUUAGGUCUCGCGGUUAAUCAAACUAAUUAAAUCGGCAUUCAUUACAAUUUCUCAAGUGGAAACGUAAAUUUUUGGAAUUUAUUAAAGGGUAAAUAAAAUGCAUAGGCAAUAAUAAUAAUUCAAUUAAAAAUCGCAAGAAUAUUUAAUAUACACAUUAUACAUACAAAAAUAUAUAUUGUUGAACAUAACAUUAAAUAUCAAAUUGUAGCCAUGGGGCUUUGAUAACAAUAUACUUAAUCAUAAUAAUAAUAAAGACGGAAAUAUAAAUAUAGAAAUUUUAGAAAUGUGCAGCCAAAUUUGUUGACUUGUUGAUGAAGUGUGUUCAUUAGAUUCAAAAAAAAAAAAAACAACAAAAAACAAAAGAUGAAAUUUCAUAAUUCAAAAACAAAAGCAAAUUAACUCUCAAAAUGCUGAAAGUCUUAUUUCCAUUGUUCACAAGUAAAAACUAGAAUACGCUGACAUCGCGAUGUAUGAAAGCAUACAUUAAUACAUACAUACAUUCGUACAUUCUUACAUACACACACACAUAUAUGCUGUAUUUGUAUUGUAUAUAUGUAUUAGAGACUACGUGUAUAUGUGUUUUGUUCGAGUUUUCUUUUAUGAUUUUGAACAUUUACGGAUUCGUCAAAAUGGCUGUUAAUUUUUGGAAAAAAGAAAAGAAUAAUUAAAUAAUGCUAAAUGCUCAAAACAAUACACAAUAAAAAAAAACACAAAAUAAAUUAAACGAAACACAAAAUUUGCUGUUGAAUUAUAUUUAAGCAACGCGUUGCCUGCAACAGUAAAACUAAAAUAAAUAAUAUAUUUGUAGUUAUGUAUUUGAAAAGUAAACAAAAGUAUUUAUAAAUCAAAUGCAAUAUGCUUCAACCGCUUAUUGUUUGUUCAUCGCGUUACAACAACAAAAAUGGGAUUAUUCAAAACAUUAAGAUAAAGUAACAGCAAUUAACCUUAAGAACGUACUUAUUAUAGUAUAAAUACAUAAAUAUACAUACAUAAUAUAGAUGAUCUCUUUUUUUAAAAUGAAAAGCAAACAGCGCAAGUGCAAUAGUGAAAAGAACAUAUUAAGUAUACGUACAGAUGUACUUAUUAUUGAUAUUGACAUGAGCUACCCCACAUUAAAAUGAGAACAAAACAACACCGCAACUAACUAUUAAGCAAUGCAAAACGAAGCCUCAACAUUAAUGAAAUCAUUAUACUAGUACUUAUACUAAUUAGUGUAUGUACUCAUAUAACAUUAUUGUGCCACAUAUGUAUAUUGUGUACGAACAUUGGGCAAUCUGUUUGCGCAAUCCAACACACAAAAGUAUGUAACGACUAAUCCGUUAGCCAUGUAGAGAAUGUUUUUGGAAAACCCGCAAGCAACAGUAAUAAAUGAAAAUAAUAGAAUAAAG